AUGCACGCUUUUGACGAAGAAGCAAGGAAAGCUCUUAAAGAUCGACUGCCGUUUCGUGUUUUCCUCGAUCCGCUUGCUCAAGACUUUGCUGCCGAUUACCUCAGAUCGGCCCAGCAGUUCGUGCAUGGGCAAAUUAGAGACAUUUUCCAGUCAGAAAGCCCAGGCCCAAACAGCCUUCUCCUACAACUCCUCGCUGUUGAGAUAUGGGGAAGACGUAUUUUCAUCGUCUUGGACGUUAAUCACGAUACGUAUGACUGGGAUACGGCGCAUAACACCUUAGAGAACAACCUCCCGGUUUUCCGAUUCAAGCUACACAAAGAUAAAAAGCGCGGGAAUAUUACAAGGGACAAAGCACUCGAUCGGCGGGUGAAUAAUAGGAUUGCAGAACUUCAUCGACUCAACGGCCUCGAUGUUCGCCCACCUUACCUAGCGGAUCACUCUCCGGGGGCAGAUCCGAUACAGUAUAGGGCUCCCCGGAAUACUUGA